CAAAUCCGCUGUGUGUCGCCCUCAUAAUUUACUUGUCCUAACUCUGUUGUUGCGUGAACGUAUAACCUGAGCAGCCCCUCGAAUCGUGGGUGUUCCUUCCAUUCUACAUAUGCUACAACCAGCCCGUUGACAGCAAACGUGUUUGUUUCCUUCUUCUCUUCAUCUCAGCUCAAUUGUUUCGCGACUACUUUAUAAUUUUAUCCGACACCGAUAUGGGGUUGGAAAUGCCGCCCAUCAAGCUAAUCAUAGCCUAUGUGCUAGAUUGGAUCCUUAUCAUCGCCAUUGCGGCAGUAGGUGGCGGUAUCUCUUUUAUCACACCAUAUCAUCGGCCUUUCUCCCUGGUCGACCUCGCAAUCAGCUAUCCAUACGUUGACCACGAUGUCAUCUCCAACGCAGCACUGGUCCUCAUCUCCUUGAUCGCGCCAGCCAUCAUAAUCGUAAUCGUCACCGCACUAUUCGUACCCGCCUUCUCGCGCUCGACCAUUCGCGACAAACGUUACUGGCAGCGCAAGCUGUGGGAGUUCAAUGCAGGUUGGAUGGGCUUAGCACUGAGCUACGCGCUCGCAUUGUUCGUUACCCAGGGCAUCAAGAAUUUACUUGGCAAACCACGACCGGAUCUGCUGGCAAGAUGUCAACCUGAUCUGACCGACAUCGCUGCACACGUGGUGGGCGGAUACGGACAAGAUAUCUCGCAGAGAUGGACACUAGUCAGCUCGUCCAUUUGCACGCAGACGGACAAGAAGCGUCUGGAUGAAGGCUUCCGCAGUUUCCUGAGCGGGCACUCCUCCAUGUCCUGGGCUGGUCUUCUCUACCUUUCUCUCUGGUUGGCCUCCAAGUUCAACAUGCUGAUACCUUACCUCGGCCAUGGCACACCAUCGCCUAAACGCAAUGAUGACGACGAGGAUGCCGAGCAAGAAGCCAGAGAUCGUGCCGCUGCGCCACCAGUCUUUGGCGCGAUCAUCGUCUUAGUCCCACUUUGCGUCGCCUUCUACAUCUGCUCUACCCGCUAUGUCGACUUUAAGCAUCAAGGCAUCGAUAUCUUCUCGGGCAGCGUGUUGGGAAUAAUGACCGCUUGGAUUGGCUUCCGCUGGUACCACGGCAGUCUGACAAGAGGACAGCCCUGGACAUGGAGUCCUAGAUCGAAGGAUCGUGCUUUCGCCGUAUCGAGCGGUACACAUGGGUGGAUCGGCGAGAGAAUGGUCAGAAGGGAACGAGUGCAGAGAAACAGAGAGGUUGAUGUAGAGGCUGGUGGUUCAGGCGACCCCAUCGUCAAAUAGAAUUCCGAUGGAAGCUCUGUAUGAAUACGAACGAGAAAAGGAAACGACGAAGCGCUUGUAUGUUUGUUUUUCAGUUGUGAUUGCCGUUUAUCAUGACUUAUGUUCUAUACAAAUUCAUCGUACCAUGAUCGCUCGUUCCUUAUAUGCAACCAAAUAUCUUCGACUUAAACCCAAUAUUUACCAAGCAAUCUUCGCAAUAGGGCCAUUAGGGAAAGACCUAACCACCAGUUUCCUCAUCUCGUCCAUAACCAAGAUACCAAGCGCCAGUGGCAGCGGAAUCAACCAAAAUUCGAUGGGCACGGU